AUGGAUCGAAAAUGGAUGUUUGCGAACCGUUUGUCGAAUGAGUACGAGGGUGGAGUCAACGAGUUUGUCAGUUUUGCGGUUCAACAUGCCGAGGCCAUUUAUAAUAUCAUAUGCCCUUGCUUACGUUGUUACCAUAUAAGACGAGUCAAUCAAUCUGAGCUGAAAGAUCAUCUAAUAAUUAAUGGAAUUGAUCCAAGGUACACAUGUUGGACGAAUCAUGGUGAGACAAGUUCUGAGUCUAAUGUGAGAUAUGCUUCACGUGAUGAUGACAUGGAGACUGACGCAGAUGAAUGUGAUCGUGUUGAAGAGCUUGCAAAUAUGUUUGAGGAUGAUUUUAGAGAUUGCCCUAAAAUGCUUGAAACAUUGAAAAGUGAUGCGGAGAAACCAUUGUAUAAUGGAUGUUCUAAAUUCACAAGAUUGUCAGUUGUCUUGAAGUUGUUUAACUUGAAAGCGAGCAAUGGAUGGACAGAUAAGAGUUUCACUGAAUUACUUAUUCUUUUGAAAGACAUGCUUCCAUUGGACAAUGUGCUUCCAAGUAAAACAUAUGAGGCUAAACAAAUGAUGUCUUCUAUUGGCAUGGGCUACGAGAGGAUACACGCGUGUCCGCGUGAUUGCAUUUUAUUUCGAAAUGAAUAUGCAUCACUGAGGGCAUGUCCUAAAUGUCACUCCUUGCGAUACAAGAAAGAAGGGUCAACUCCGGCAAAGGUGUUGUGGUAUUUUCCCAUAAUCCCGAGGUUUAGGCGCAUGUUCCGGAGCGCAGAUGCAAAACACUUUACAUGGCAUGCUACAAGGGAACAAGAUGGCUUGCUCAGACAUCCAGCAGAUUCUCCUCAGUGGAAAAAAUUUGAUUAUAAAAAUGGGGAGUUUUCCUGA